AUGUCAGCCAAGUCUAUCCUCGAGGCCGACGGCAAGGCCAUCCUCAACUACCACCUCACCCGCGCUCCCGUUAUCAAGCCCACUCCUCUUCCCCCGUCGGCCACACACAACCCCCCCUCCAAGCUCGCAUCGCUGCACUUCGCCGCUGAUGAGGACGUCAAGGGCGUGCUCGACCAGGCCGAGGCCACAUACCCAUGGCUCCUCACUCCCGGAUCCAAGUUCGUCGCAAAGCCAGACCAACUGAUCAAGAGGCGAGGCAAGAGCGGUCUGCUCGCGCUGAACAAGACCUGGGCUGAGGCGAGGGAAUGGAUCGAGGCGAGGGCAGGAAAGGAGCAGCGCGUCGAGACUGUCGAUGGUGUACUGAGGCAGUUCUUGGUCGAGCCCUUCGUUCCCCACCCCCAGGACACCGAGUACUACAUCAACAUCAACUCUGUGCGAGAGGGUGACUGGAUCCUCUUCACCCACGAGGGUGGUGUCGAUGUCGGUGAUGUCGAUGAGAAGGCUGAGAAGCUUCUCAUUCCUGUCGAUCUGAAGGAAUACCCCUCAAACGAGGAGAUUGCCGCUACUCUUUUGAAGAAGGUUCCCGAGGGUGUACACAACGUCCUCGUUGACUUCAUCUCAAGGUUAUACGCCGUCUACGUUGACUGCCAGUUCACCUACCUUGAGAUUAACCCUCUCGUUGUCAUCCCCAACGAGGAGAAGACUUCUGCUGAGGUUCACUUCCUGGAUCUUGCUGCCAAGCUUGACCAAACUGCUGAGUUCGAGUGCGGUGCCAAGUGGGCUAUUGCCCGCAGCGCGACAGCUCUUGGCAUACCAGCUGCUCCCCAAAAGGAUGCUAAGCAGACUAUCGAUGUCGGCCCACCGAUGGAGUUCCCCGCUCCUUUCGGUCGUGAGAUGAGCAAGGAGGAGGCGUACAUUGCCGAGAUGGACGCUAAGACUGGUGCUUCCCUCAAGCUGACUAUCCUCAACUCCGUCGGCCGUGUCUGGACACUCGUCGCUGGUGGUGGUGCUUCCGUCGUCUACGCCGACGCUAUCGCCUCUGCUGGCUUCGCUAGUGAGCUCGCCAACUACGGUGAGUACUCUGGUGCUCCCACCGAGACUCAGACCUUCCACUACGCCCGUACCGUCCUCGACCUCAUGCUCCGUGCUCCCCAACACCCAGAUGGCAAGGUUCUCUUCAUCGGUGGAGGUAUUGCCAACUUCACCAACGUUGCCUCAACAUUCAAGGGUGUCAUCCGCGCCCUGAGGGAAGUCGCCCCCCUUCUCAUCGAGCACAACGUCCAGAUCUGGAUCCGUCGUGCCGGUCCUAACUACCAGGAGGGUCUCAAGAACAUCAAGGGUGUCGGCCAGGAGCUCGGCCUCAACAUGCACGUCUACGGUCCCGAGAUGCACGUCUCAGGUAUCGUGCCGCUUGCUCUUAUCCCCGGUAAGACUAGCGACGUUAAGGAAUUCUCUGGUUAA